ACGCCUAUCGAUGGGCGGGGCUCGCCGCGCUCCUCGGCGCAGCCGGCAGGGGGCGCGGGGCCGCGCGCAGGCGCAGUCGCUGCCGCCGCCGCCGCCGUCCCGGGGCCGCCGGAGCGGCCGCACCGGGCGAUGCGAUGACAACGUCCACCCUGCAGAAAGCCAUCGACCUGGUCACCAAAGCCACCGAGGAGGACAGGGCCAAGAACUACGAGGAGGCGCUGCGGCUGUACCAGCACGCCGUGGAGUACUUCCUGCACGCCAUCAAAUAUGAGGCUCACAGCGACAAGGCCAAGGAGAGCAUCCGAGCCAAGUGCGUGCAGUACCUGGACCGUGCCGAGAAGCUGAAGGAGUACCUGCGGGGCAAGGACAGGCACGGCAAGAGGCCCGUCAGGGAGGCACAGAAUGACAACAAGGGGAGUGACAGUGACAGCGAGGGAGAGAACCCUGAGAAGAAGAAGUUGCAGGAGCAGCUGAUGGGUGCCAUCAUGAUGGAGAAGCCCAAUGUGCGGUGGAGCGACGUGGCCGGGCUGGAGGGAGCCAAGGAGGCCCUGAAGGAGGCCGUGAUCCUGCCCAUCAAGUUCCCACACCUGUUCACAGGGAAGCGCACGCCCUGGCGCGGGAUCCUGCUCUUUGGCCCGCCUGGCACUGGCAAGUCCUACCUGGCCAAGGCCGUGGCCACCGAGGCCAACAACUCCACCUUCUUCUCCGUGUCGUCCUCUGACCUGACGUCGAAGUGGCUGGGGGAGAGUGAGAAGCUGGUGAAGAACCUGUUUGAGCUGGCGAGGCAGCACAAGCCCUCCAUCAUCUUCAUCGAUGAGGUGGACUCGCUGUGCGGCUCCCGCAACGAGAACGAGAGCGAGGCGGCCCGGCGCAUCAAGACCGAGUUCCUGGUGCAGAUGCAGGGUGUGGGAAACAGCAGCGACGGGAUCCUGGUGCUGGGUGCCACCAACAUCCCCUGGGUGCUGGACUCGGCCAUCAGGAGAAGGUUCGAGAAGAGGAUCUACAUCCCCUUGCCCGAGGAGGCGGCGCGGGCGCAGAUGUUCCGGCUGCACCUGGGGAACACCCCGCACUCCCUGACGGACGCCAACAUCCAGGAGCUGGCGCGCAAGACCGACGGCUACUCGGGGGCCGACAUCAGCAUCAUCGUGCGGGACGCCCUGAUGCAGCCCGUGCGCAAGGUGCAGUCCGCCACGCACUUCAAGAGGGUCCGCGGCCCCUCCCGCACCACCCCCGGUGCUAUCGUGGAUGAUCUCCUGACGCCGUGCUCGCCCGGUGACCCUGGGGCCAACGAGAUGACCUGGAUGGAGGUGCCCAGUGACAAGCUGAUGGAGCCCGUUGUCUGCAUGUCAGACAUGCUGCGCUCGCUGGCCACCACCCGCCCCACCGUCAAUGCCGAGGAUCUCCUCAAGGUGAAGAAGUUCACGGAGGACUUUGGACAGGAAGGUUGAGGGGGGCGUGGGGGCUGUGGGGCUGGGGCAGCUGCAGGCCCUGCUGUGCCCCCCUCCCCGGCCGUGCCAAACCGACUCUGUUCGCUCCCUCCUGCCCCACUGCACCGCGGGGACACGGCCCGGGGGGGUCACACUACGGGGGGUGGAUCUGAGCAUGGCCUGGGCGGCCGGGUCUCUCCCUGGCUGCACUCCACUCUUCUUCCUGCUCUUUUUUUAUUUUUUAACUUAAUGCUGCUUUGGGUUCUGUCUUGUUUAUAUGAAAAUAAAAACAAUCUGAGUGCUUCA